AUGGGUUCUAUAACCACUGACACGUCCAUGGAUACUACGCCAUCCAAAAUAAAAAUUGCCUUGUACGUCCUGGAUACUAGUGUAGCCAAAGCGUUAAGUUUUAUAAAACUGACAUCUAGGGACAAUCUGCAGUACGUUUUAUCACCGACCGAAACUAACUUAGCUCGUGGAAGUCGUAGAGGCCGAGGGGUUCGUACUAGAGGUGGGAGGGGACCAUCUCAAGUUAGGAGAUCACCUAGUGAAAAUGAUCUGCCGUCUAACGACGGGAGCCAUAGAGGCCAUGGUAGUCGUGGCGACCGUGGCAACCAUUAUGGUGGAGAACGCCCUAACAGUCGGAGACACCGGGGAGGCCGAAGAGGACGCGGAGGACACGACAAUCAGCCCUCCCAAGCAAGGAUCAGUGAACUAGACUUAAUUCGCGCUCAGCGGCAGCUCACCCAGAAGCGUGUUGCAGCGCUGCCAGCAGAAGUAAAAAGGGAGCUUUUAACUCGCAAGCGUGACUCUGAGGUUGCUAGAGUUAUAAUGCCUGACGCGCCUCCGCGCAAAAGGCGCGCCCGAUUGGCGUCGCCGGAGCGCGAAACAUGCGAGUUCAUGGAACCAGAAUGUGAUAGCCAGCGUAAAAAAAUUAUUAUUUUAGAGGAUAUACAAUUGGUGCCCCCCAAACACGCCGAAAUCAUGGCUAACGUCGAGAUACAUAACAUUCAACAAUCGCCGCCCGGGGAUGUCGAGAUAGAUGAAAUUCAACUAUCUCCGCCCAGGGACGUGGAGAUACAAGACCUGAAACCUAGAGAUUUGCUGCGUAUCGGAAACAAUAUGGUAGCCGAGGCUGAUGACGAAGUAACUGUGACGCCUUCCACUAGCAAACAGCGUACUUCGAUUGGGGUUAUUGACAAGAAUUUCGACGUUGUCGUUGGCGACUGGAUAAAACUGACCGAUGACCUAAGUGACUGUGACAUGGACACAGAAAACGAGGACUGCUUUCUCCCUGUCAUGACCUCACGCAACGCUACGGCGGAGCCUGCAGCUGAAACUGACAUGACGUUGUACGAGACAGUUCAGGACAACUUUGGCGGAAGACUUACUAAAGUUACACCGACAUAUUGA